UUUUGUAAUGUUUUUUCCUGGAGUUUUAUGCACCUCUUGGCAUAUUUGCUUAGAGUCUAGAGGUGGUUCCACUCGCACCAUCGUUUUUCUUAUGUCCUUUUCGUGUUUUCAGCACAAUCUGGUAUGAGCUGCAGGCGGGCGACUGGCCAAUGAGCAGCCAGCCUGUGGAGGCCAAGAUCUGGUUGGUGGGCAGCGGGGAGGGCAUCAGGGGGGUGCUGGCAGUGGCCAACCUGGGCAAGGAGGUCACGGAGAUCCUGAGCGCCUGCUGGUCCCCCGAGGUGGACGGCAGGCCCUCCUUCACCCAGCUGGCAGACAUGCUGGAGAAGCUGCCCAAACUCAACCGCAGGCUGUCUCACCCCGGACACUUUUGGAAGACCCCUGAGUAGGUAUCAGAGAACAAUUCCAGGGUGGACCGACCUACAACACAAAAACAUCCAAAAAAAGGGAGUCUUCAUCGUUUGAUUGUUGUCGUCUACAUUUUGUAAGCAGUAAAAAGAUGGAGCUCAAAAGAUUUUGUAAAGAAAUAUGAAUAUUAUGAAGCUGCCCUGCUGAGUAUUAAGUCAUAUAAAUGACCUUUUCUCAUUUUUUUUUUUAUACAGAUUAUUUUUGGGCCGGUUUAGCCUUUAUUAGAGGGAUAGAUUUGCAAGAGGAAGAUAGAGGGGAAGACACUCUUAAUGGGACCGCAGGCCAGAUUUGGAAGGAACCAAGUGCCGGUAUAUUGUAUUUUUAGGAAAUAGUAUUUUUGCUAUGCCUGGUGGGAUUUUUUGAUCCCUCUAUUGUUUGUAGCCUUUAUUUAACCAGGUGAAAGCCCCUUGAGAUCAAAAGAUCUCUUUUUCAAGGGUGACCUGCAAUGACCUCUAUGCUUCCUUCAUCUGCUUUUGCCACUGAUAAUAUUUCUCACAGUCAGCAGUUCUGUCCUCUAUUGUUUUCCUGAUUUUUCUCCUCUCCUUUACCCUCUCUUUGUGCUUUCUUCUCCUCUGGGUGCUGACCGAUCCCCCUCCUCUGUUCCUGUUGGGUCUGAUCUCCACUCCCGCACGCUUUUCACCAUCCUCUAUGUUUCCCUUUGUUUCCACUUCUUCUUAUCUCUGCCUUCUUCUUCUACUGAAGGCCUUGGGAUCAUCAUCACUGCCUGAGAGAUCAGUGCCCUCAGGGUCUGCACGCACACCGAACAUACAUGAACAAAUUCAGCAGCUGAGGCUUACCAAAACAUUAUAUUGGCUUGAGCAAAUGUUAUCAAUAUUAUUUAAAA